AUGGCGUCGCAGGCUCCUCUCCUGUCAGAGGACCAGCUGCUCUGUCCCAUCUGUCUGGGGCUGUUUGUCCAGCCGGUGUCCACUCCCUGUGGACAUAACUUCUGCAUGUCCUGCCUGUCAUCCUACUGGGACAGCAGCUCAGCGUGUGUCUGCCCCAUGUGUAAGGAGAGCUACAGCCAGCGCCCACAGCUCCGAGUCAACACCUUCAUCUCUGGACUGUCCCAAAGCUUCAGGAACCAGUCUCUGAGCACGGAGGAGACCCAGUCCAGGGGCAUGAAGGCCACGCUGGGAGGCACCGAAGCCAAGAUCAACUCCAUGAUCCAAGAGCGAGUCCAGAAAGUCCAGUCCAUCAGACAAGCCAUCGCCCAGAGACACGACGAAACCAGGCAUUUGACCAAAACCAUGGCCGACAUAACCUCGCUGGUCAAACAGAUGGAGGAGAAACAGCAGCACGUGGAUUUAGAAGCACAACAAGUCAUCCGAGAUAUCGAGAAUGAGAUUAUAGCGUUUACAGAGACGCAAACGAAGCUAAAAAGCGUCAAAACCGACAAAGAAGCUAGUCUAUUUUUGCAGAAGUACACAGCUCAGUCCGAAGCACCUCCAAUCCACCUCAAAUCCGAACUAGACUUACAGCAUUUGCGUUCGUCUUUGGUUACUUCUCUGUCCCAAUUACGAAACCAGCUGAACAAAAUGGACGCUAUUUUCAUUUCCGACAUCACUGCUUUAAAACUAGCACAAAAACAUGCCAUAGACGUCACGCUAGACCCGAAAACCGCCCAUUACCGCCUCGUUCUGUCCAGCAAUUUGAAGCAAGUCAAGUUCAACCCAGAUGCUAACGCUAAAUCGGCCGCGCUUAGCAACCCGGCUAGGUUUGCAAGAAACUUGGCCGUGCUGGCAGGCCGUGGAAUCCGGUCCGGCAAGUUCUAUUUCGAGGUGUUGGUCGGAGGCAAAGCUGAAUGGAUUGUAGGUGUGACUCUGGCGUCCGUGCAGAGAAAGGGGAAGAUUCCGCAUGAGCCAGGUUGCGGAGUUUUCGCCAUCUGCUUUCGAAUGAACUACUUCGAGACCUUCUUCCAGCCCAAUGUCCAGAUUCACCAAGGGAAGAUAGACAAGGUCGGGGUGUUUGUGGACCAUGAAGCAGGCAGAGUUCUGUUCUAUGACGUGACCGGAGCAAAGUUAAUCUACUCGUUUGAAGACUGUGGAUUCGCGGAGAAGAUAUAUCCUUAUUUUAACCCUUGCAACGACGAGUUCCCCAACAACCUCGGGCCAUUGGUGAUAGUUCCAGUUCAGCAAAUCAAGUGA